AACAUUUCAGACUGCCACUAUACCUGUCAUCAACGCUGCCAACAUUUGGUCACUCUUGACUGUAAAGGAUCUGGUGACACUCAGACUACAGAUCUUAGUAAAAUAAUAGAUGCAACUAUGAAGAAUGAUUCACUUGAAAAAGAAAGAUUAUCUCCAUUAUUUUUUGAACAUUUGGAUGAGGAAGAAUUAAAACGUAGGAUAGAAAGAUAUAACUCCUUGCAUCACAGUUCUGACAUGGUUCUUCAAGAAGAUGGAGAAACACUUCAUGGUUUUAUCCGAGUUCAUAUGAAUCUUACAAGACCAAUUAAUGUUAUUGCUGGUACUCGUCCACCUUCCAUCUAUGAUAUACUAAAAGAAGAAGAUGAUGGUGGCCGUAAAACCUUGACUUCAUUUUAUUUACCCAGGGAUACAGUCAAAGCCUUACAUAUUACUAGUGAGUUCUCUGCUCGAGAAGUGAUAAAUGCUUUGCUGAAAAAAUUUAAAGUUGCUGACAAUUCCCACAAGUUUGCCUUAUAUGAAAGAACCUAUGCUAAAGGUUCAAAUCAAGCUAAACUUCGACGAAUUCAGGAUCAUGAAACUCCUCUUAUGCUUGCAUUAUUAAAUUGUGAUGAAGAUAAGCAAUUUGUAUUGCAAGAAAAUGAAACUGAAGAUAUUGUUUGGGAACAGUUUGCAAUUCCAGAACUACAUAAUUUUUUGAAAAUCCUGGAUUUGGAAGAAGAGGAAUAUCUAAACCAAAUGAAAUUAAAAUAUAGAAUUCUGCAGGAAAAAAUUCAAGAGGCUAUGGACAAGUUCUCACCUUCAAGUAGGUCAUUAGCGAGUUAAAACAGGAAAUUCUGUUGUUAGAUUCUAUUCUGGAAUUAAAAAUGAAGCUUUCUUCUUCCAGAUAUAACCUGUGAUUUCUGCUGAUGUAUAAGACAAUUUUUGCCCAUGUUGACAUGGUCAAUUUUAAUGUGUUUGUGUCCCAAUUUUGUUUUGUUUGAAGUUAUAAUAGAGAAGGAAUAUAUAUUUUAAAUAAAUCCUAGGUAAUAUAUUAUUGUGAAGGCAUUAUUGUGUUAAAAUGGCAGGAGCUGAAUUUUCAAAUGUUUAGAUGGCAUUUACUCUUGACAUUUGAAGCAUAUAUAUUCAUAGUAUCAGGAAUUCCUUACUAUUAAGAUCUUUCCCUGUUGGUCUUUUCACGAAUUUACUUCUAAUCUACAAUUUUAUAUCAAAUGCUACUCAUUAUUGUUAUUAUUAUUUGUUAUUUUGUAUCUCCUCUGGAAAAUUUUUUUAAUGCAGCAUAAAAUUUUGUUAUUUUUAGAAUUGUUAUUUAUGUAAUAGUAAGAUGCAUUUAAUCUGCAUGUGAAAAAAUAAAAUUUGAUAGUAAGCAUGUAAUUUUUAGAGCAAAAUGCAUGUAACAAAUAAUCUUUUAAACAAAUUAUAGAUAAUAAAAGUCUUCUAUGUUAGAAGUGUUCAGAGCACAUGGCAAAACUCCAUCUCGAAUAGCUUGGGGCAUUUUGUUAAAAAAUAUAAUUAAAAAAAUGGGCAUUUGUUAAAAAAUAUAGUGAAAUAUUAUGGCAAUACAAAAUAUUUUUAUUACUUAUGCAUAUGAUAACAAUAAUUAAAAUUGUUAAAUCAUGAGGAAAAAAUACUUGUUUAAUGGAAAGACUGUAAUAUUACUAAAAAUAAUAUAAAAGUAGUAUGAUGUUGUUUAUGUGCAUUGAACAUGAUCAGUAUUCCAGCAAAGUGUGCUACUACAGUGUAAAGACCAAAAUCCAGAUGUCCAAUAUCUGGAAUGAUAUAAUAGCCAAACCUCUGGACAAUUAGCACUUUUUUCUUUUUUUUUGGGGGGGGAUGCUAAGAAUGGAGAAUAUCAGAUGUUAGAAAAAGCAGGUAUGCUGCUUCUUCAGACUAACUGAAAUUCCUGCCUGUUUGUUUUUAAGCACUUGCUGAGAAUCACACUGUAACGAAUGGCAAUAUUAAUGUUAGUCAUGACCACAUUUUCAGCCCUUUAGGAGGGGUUAGCACAUUUCUCCCUGACCUAAACAAGCAGAAAAGCUCCAAAACAUAUUUAUUAGGAGUGCAGUAUUGUUCAUACUAGUUUCUGUUGUUAACAUUGCAACAGGGGAAGAGAAAGAAUUAGGUCCAGAGGAAUUUUAUAUCAGUUUAAUGUAGCAAAUUGUACUCUUCCCUUAACUUUCUUCUAGAAAUAUUUUAAUAUAAAAUCUGAUUUGCCGGGUAUUGCAAGAUCAUGAGAGAAUGUGUCGGCAGAUAUGUUUUUAAAAUGCUUGGCCUAAUUUAAUGCUACCAAAUUUCACGAUGAUGACAAAAACCGCAGAAUCUGAAGUUUUUUUAGAUGUCACAGAAAUAAGUGAAAUUUUCUGAUUGAUGGACAGUUAGGAGGAAAGCCAAAUGAGGAUGAUAUAUCUAAAGUCUUACAGUCCAAUGGUAAUGUCAAAAUCAUCAAUCAAUUAAUAGAAUGGUAAAUAUUUUUAGUAUGAUUUUAAAUAUGAAUACAUUAGUAAAAUAAAUCUAUUUUGCCUUCAAGUGACAUUUUAAUUUCUUGUGGUAGUGGUUCAGAAAGAAAUCUUUCUUCUUUUGAAGAAAGAAAUUUCCUGUUAUUUUAUUAGAUUUUAUAGAAAGGAUGUGGAUGCUGGUCAGAUCUCAGCCAUUGUAACUUUGUGACUACUAUACUGUUAAGUAGGAUGCAGCAUCUUAAAUUUACAAUACUUUUAGAUAGUGCAUUUUAGUUAUAAUCAGGUCUUGUUACUAACUGUGGAAUUGUAAUGAGGGAAAAAGAGAGAGAGAUGUAUUAUCUGUCUAAAUGGAGUAUUAUUAUUUAGUAUAAAAUUUGUUAUAAGUUAGUCAUGUAUGAAAACUUAUUCUGACGCAUAUUCACAUGUAUAUUUAAUGCAAUUUUCAAGAAAAAUGGCAUUAUACCUUUGUGCUUUGAACCCUUCAUAUCUUAUAUUUGUUUGCUAAUCAAUGUACAUUUAAUUCAUUUUGAGUAGGGCUCAGAUUUUUAGUUGUUGUACCUACAACAAAAUAAUGUAAUGAUAUUUUGAAUAUACAUUAGCUUUGAUAUUUUGAAUAUACAUUUAAUUUUUUUAAGAAGGGCCAAGAUUUUUAGUUGUACUUGCAACAAAAUAAUGUUGAAGUUUUGAUAGAUGGUAUUUGACAAAUUACAUAUUAUAAUCCAAAAUCUUUCAAAUGCACUUUUUUUUCUUUGUUUUGCACUUAUUCCUUCCAUUUGGCAUUUGCCCCUGAAAACAUAGUUUUCAUGACUAUUGUUAAUCUUACUUUAGUACCUGGCUCUGCAAUAAUCCCAUGAAUGCAAAUGGGAAACUGAAUUUUUCUCUGAAGAUGUUAAAACUUUGUUACCCUGUGAUCAUUUGCAUAUGUGAUACACAUUAAUACAUACAUAAAUUUCAGCAAUGAUAUCAACAAGAGUAGCUCAGCUGCAGAAAAGAAGUUAAAAAAAAAAAAAAAAAAAAAAGCGUACGGAAUCCUGUUUUAUGAUAAAAGUUGUUUGUGUUUCAUCUUUUAACCGUUAGGCAUGGAUUGGAGGGAAACUACUGGUGGCUGAACAGUGUUGGAUAUUCAAAAAAGACUAAAAACAAACUUGAUAGAUUUGAACUUCAUAGCUUGAAGCAUAAUUUAACCAAAUAUCAUAAAUCCACCAACAGUUAUUAGUGAUGGUGGAUUACCAUUACAGAAUAUAUUUUUGUCAACUUUUCUUUCUAUUUAAAUAUAUAUGUGGAUAUAGAAAAGUCUGCAAAAUUUCUAGUUGAUUAAUUAUUCAAGCUGUGAGCGUAUCAACAUGGAAUGGUAUGAUUAGAAUUCAUCCUCUUUUUUUGAAGAGAGAUGUAAGUGAAGUCAAAAGUUCCAUAUGUAAAUAUUAAAUAUGUAACCAAUAAACCAUUCACAAUAUUGUUUUAUAAUGUUUAGAACAAGCAAAAUAAAUAAAUAAAAAUAAAGUAAUAACUGAUGAAAUUGUACCUAAACGUGCAGCUAUUUUUAGUAUUCCCCCCCUUUUUCUCGUAACACUUUGGGUAACCUGAAUGUUUUUAUUUGGUCAUAAAAUAUUUUGUCACUUGGUAUAUUUUGUUUUUUGCAUUUUCUUUAAUGAUCUAAAUAUUUCAUCAAUGAGUGGAAGAUUUUGAGCAUAAAAAAUAAAAUAAGUAAUUAUGAAAAGAAUAAAUAUUAUUUAAAUAUAGCUCUUCGUGAGCAGAUCCGAAAAGCCAUGCCACUGAGGUUGUUAGUUACUAAAAUUUUGCCUCUAAAGUUCUUGGCCUUACUUAUAAGAACACAGCAAAGUACUGAAAUGUAAUUUAAAAUUCUGUAUAAAACUCUGUCAUUAGCAUUAGAAUAUAUGCAGAAAUGAAAGGCAUAGUAAUUCAUGACUAGAAAUAUUGUUAUGGACUUCUGUUCACAUGACACAAAACGUCUUUCUCCCCUUUUUGUUUGUUGAUGAUAGCAGUAUUUAAUGAUCAUUGUAUGAUUAUUCCAAUAAACAAAUAUGUACUGCAUUAUCAAUUAAAAUUGGAGAGCAUUAUUAAAUGCCAUUUGCAUAAAUACAAUCUUGAGACUUUCUUUCAAAAGGCAGUUUUAAUGUACUGAGUGUGAUUAAGCAUUGCAAAGCUGGUGUAGUAAUUUUCUUUUAAACUAUUAGUAAACUAACCAAAUAUCUUAUAUAAAUAUGUUUGUUAAAAAAUUGAUGAGCUGGUCCCGUUGAAGAUGAACAUAGUAACCUUAAAACUGAAUUGGAGGAUAUUUUGGAAAACAUAGUAUUCAAGAAUUGUAUUUCAUUCAUUUUUUCAGAUUCAAAAUGCUACUAUCCACAGACAUGCAGAAUGGCAUGGCCAUACAUCAUGCAUUUUACUUCAACAUCAUAAAAAAAUGAGUGUUCAAACUAAUGUGAUAUUUAUACAUGAAGAGUGUAUGUAGAAGUUUAAAAGUAUUAAAACAGCAAUAAAACUUUAUCAAUUUGAAGAGAUACAGGUCUCUCUUCUUCAGAAGCAAAAUUUGACUGAAUUGUUUUGCCCCUGAAGAAAAGGGAUCUGUAUCUGAUCACUGUCAAAAUUGAUCAAGUUUUAUUCAAAAUCUAUCCCAAAACAAGUUUGCUGUGACGCCUAGCUAUACAUUUUACAUUGUUGUGUUUUUCUUCUAAUAUAUAGCAGUUUUUUUUUUUUUUUUUUUUUUUUAACAGUCCUAAACAGAAGUAAAUGUCUGCAUGCAAAUAAUAAGGCCUUUUAUGACCAGAGUUUUUUUAUUUUUUUUUUAUUUUUUAUUGGCCUUUAUUACAGAAUCAGUUGAGCAUAAUUAUUGGUACAUGCAAUUUAAGGUUGUAAAAAGCUCAGCUUUGCUGGUUGUUGCUUCCCAUCUUUUGAUGUCAUGUAUUUGUGACUGGAAACAAAUAAUUUCUGGAUAAUAAGAUUUUAGCCAACUUCAAAGUAUUUUGGUUAAAUUCAGUUUCUGGAGUAGCUUAACUUGUCAUUGUGAAUACAUAAGAUCAGAUUUAACAAUUUGUUUCUUGUUUUUUGUUCUAUAAAAUGCUGAUAAUUUGUUAUUGUUAGACUAAUAUAAGCUGAGUAAUUAAAUUAUAACACAAAAGGACUAUAAAAGAGUAAUAUCAUGUUUACAUUUAUUUGAUUUUUGGUAAGAUAAUCAAAUAUUAGUUAUUUAUAUUACAUUUUGUAUUCUUAGUGGCAAGAAACAUUGUUGCAUGAAUGUUUUUCAUAGUGCAAAAUAUGCAUGUACUUUUCUCCCUGUCAAAGAUCCACCAAAGCAUUUUCCGUCCUAAGUAAAACAAUUAUUAUAAGUUACAUGCCAGUUUAUCAAACAAACUUUUCUAUUACAUACAUGUAAAUCAUGUAGGAAAUACGAGAGAUAAUUUUGUACAGAAUAACUUUUGUACAGAAUACAGAAAAUCAUGCAGUGUAUAAUCCACUGUAAAAAACUGAUGUUAUUAUGCCUUAUUUACAUAAUUACUGGCGCAUUCCUGAGCAGUACUUAUGUAACAUCUUUGCUUUGCAUAUAUUCUUUUUGCGUUUAAAAUACAUUUCUUAAAAUUUUUUUUUAUUUUGGUAUGACUCUUUUUAAGUGCUCGCUGAUUAUUAUAAAUUUUGCUUAAACCUUUUCUGUUUUACAAACCAUUUAUUUCAACAUGAAUACUGAUUCAGUUUGGAGUAAUUAUUGUGAAUGAUUUUGAUAUUCCUACUGAAUGAAAAAAAAAUUCAUAGAGUUUUUAAGGUAUAAUAUUUGUUUUUUAGAGAAUUUUUGUCCUUAAUUUUUUUAACAGUUGUAAAAGAGAUUGUUAUCAUUGUUGUAAAAGAGAUUGUUAUCAUUAAAGAACAGUAUAAAACUUUUGGUAAUUAGGUAUAUAUGGGAUUAAAAUCAGAAAUUUCAGAUAUUCUACAGUGGAUACAUAUAUUAUCAGAAUGAUUGAUAUAGCAAGAGGGAUCCUUAUAUUAUUUUUUAAUUAAAAGUGUUUGUGUUGGGAAAAAUUAUAUGGGAUUUUUGAAAUCAUAUAACAUUGCUACUUAAUGUACAGUUUGUGUAUAUGUUGUAUAGAAAUGUAGUAAUAAGAAAUUAAUAUUCUACAAAAUAUGCUUCAAUUUUUUUCCAUAAAUAUUCACAGGAAAUUGGUAUCUUGAAGCAUAAAAUAUUUCUAUGAGUCAGUAUUAUUUUGAUUUUUGGAAUUGUUUUUAUUAAACUGUGUAAAUAUUUUAUUUAAAAAUUUAUCAGUGAAAAUUGUGGUUAUGGCAACUAUAUUUAAUUAUAAAAGUAUUUAUUAUUUAUUUUUUAGCCCUUUAUUAAUUUUAUGUUGGAUUUGAACAUAUUUUUAUAUUAUUUAACUAUUUUUUUUGCCGGUGAAAAUUGUGAUUUAAGUUGAUUCCUAUUGUCUGCAAAUAAAUUGCUUUUGUGCAACAAUACUAAUUUUUUUAAUUAUUAUAUUUAGAACUCAUAAUUGGACUUUGUGAUCUUUUAUGUCUAUAUAAUAAGGAAAUUGAAUCAUAUAUUAAAAUUGGAAUUCAUACUUUAUUAUAAAUAAAGAGCUUCAUCCUUAAUGACAUGAUUUAAAAAAUUAGAAAUUUUUAUAUUCUUGUAUAUUUAUUGAAUUAUAUACUAAGCUUUGUAGCUUUUUUUUUUUUUUUAAUUAUUGUAGGAUGUCCAUUAAUUUUCUGUAGGUUUUGAAAACAAUGCUGCUUAGAGAAUUUGUUUGCUGUAACUUGUAAUUUUUUAUCAUAUAUAUAAAAGUUAAGGAAAAGCUAUCAUAGUACAUCUUUUUAAAUACCAAAAAAGUAUGGGUUUAAAAAGAGCAUUUUUAAAGAAAAUGUUAUGAAAUCUUAUGCUUAGGCCAAAAUCUUGUGAUUUCAGCAAAUAGCAAUGGGAAAUGCCUUUUUUAACCAGAAGUCUGUUUAAAUAAAAAUUAUAAAUUCAUUUGUUUUUCAAAUUUUGAAAUGUUAGCAAAGACUAUGCCAUAUUCAUCUGAAAGAAAGUGUUGAGAAAGUAUGUCUUUGUUAAAAAUGGUCACUUUGUUUAGUCAUCAAAACUGGCAAACUUAAUUAUCCAGUCAGUAAUAUGGCAGGUUUAGUAAGGAAAUACAAUUAAGAGUUCUAAUUGCAUUGAUGUGAUUCACUUCUGAAUUCUGUCCUGUCAUAAUUUUGGUAUACUAUACAAUUACUUGACCUGCAUCAUAUGGCAAGAUUUGAAAAUUAUUAUUGUUUUAUUUAGCUACAUAGAACUUGAGUAUGCCCUCUGAGUAGGCCUCGAUAAAAAUUUAUUUUAACUGAUGUUUAAGCUCCUAUAUAAACAUGUAAUUAUGUUGUAAAAGUUUCAGAAAUCAAAACCAGAUUUCAUUCGCUGUAUUUCUUUGUAUUUUCUCAAUUUCAAAGAUGAAAUCACAAGUAUAAAUAUUGUGUCUAACAGAUAAGAAUUUUUUAAUGCUACAGAGCAAAAAUGGAACUGAAUUUAGGUUGGUUAGAAAACAAAGAUUUAAUUAGCAUUAUAAGAAAUAUAAUUCUAUACAAAAACAUAGCAGACUGAAAAGGGCAGCAUGCUAAUUUAUUAUAACUUUUUCAAAGGAAUUUUAGCUAUUAGAAGAAUAUGAAAUUACAAGCUACAACAAACAUCAGAUUCUGUAUAUGUAUGGGCAUCCUAGAAAAUUAAUAUUAGAUAGGAUUUAGGGUGCAAUACUUUCUUGUCAUUUUUAUAAUAUUUUAUUAUGUGCACACUGUAUAUUUUCAUUGGAGAGAAAGUUAAAAUUAUUUUCCAUUUAUAUUAUUUAUUGAAUUUUUUAUUAGAAUAAAAAUUUAUUACUUUGGAA